AGGUUGUUUAAAUAUUUAUUGGACCCUCUUUCGAAUAGCUUAUUAUGAGUGGAAGAUGAGGCAAGUGAAACGCGCAUUGCCAGGUCAGUGUCAGGCCCUACUCGUCAGCCUCAUUGUGUGCGCCGCCUUAAUAAUUCAAAGCGAGCAGCAGGAAGUCGGCGACGCGAAAGCUCAGCGGAGACACGAACCCCGCGAGGUGAAUACGUCGCUGGCGGCCAACGUUCGGAUUCCUCGCAGUGUCUUCCAUGUGCGCUGGAAUCCCAAUGAAAAAUUCAUCGUCGAAAGUCGCGAAAAUCCGGCCAUCAACUCCUCCAAACUGGCCCCCCAUCCGCGCCUGAAGGUCUCCAAGAACACCAAGCUAACGCUCAGUCCGAAGCUCUACCUCUGCCAUGACAAGCACUCGGAGCUGUGCCACAACAAGACCCAGCAGUUCCGCCAGCGGAUCGUCCAGACCUUUGAAAAGGCCAUGAUCGAGUCGGUCAACGAGUCGGAUCCGAAUCACUAUAAUGUUGACUACAAACCAGUUUUUGGCGACAGUUUCGAGGAGCAGUACUAUCCCUCUACCUGCCUGGUGAUGGAGGCGGGAGUAAGGGUCCUGCGACGCAAGGAUGAGCCAUUCAACAAGCUGCCUUUCGGGAGACUUUUUCCGCGCCAGAAACUCUUUCGCAAUAUUCGAAAUAUCAAGACUUGUGCCAUUGUUUCCAGUGCAGGUUCUUUAGCAGGCUCUAAACUGGGUCGAUUUAUAGACACGCACGACAUUGUGAUGAGAUUCAACCAUGCUCCAACGGAAGGACACGAGGUGGAUGUUGGCAGCAAAACCACAAUUCGUGUGGUGAAUUCGCAAGUGGUGACAAAGCCCGAGUUUGAUUUCACACGCGCUCCCAUCUUUCGCAAUGUCACGAUCGCCGCCUGGGAUCCUGGCAAGUACAAUGGAACCCUGGAGGACUGGCUGACCAGUGCGGACUAUGAUCUCUUUACCAAUUACGAAAUAUAUAGACGACGCAAUCCCAAGUCGAGGGCCUUCCUGAUUGAUCCCCAUUCCGUAUGGCGGUUGUGGCAGAGUUUGCAAAUGUUUGCCGGAAAUCGUGCUAUUCGAAGGAAUCCUCCAAGUUCGGGCUUUAUAGGAUUGGCUCUGCUUCUGCCACAUUGUCCUCACGUUGACUUUGUGGAGUAUGUGCCCUCCACGCGACUCAAUGGACGCUGUCACUACUACAGCAAAGAGAUGAAUUCCGCCUGCACAUUCGGCUCCUGGCAUCCACUGGCCGCCGAGAAACUGAUGGCUCUGGACAUGAAUAUGGCGGAGGAUGAUGAUAUGUCCGUUUUCCAAUUUGGCAUUCUCCGUAUACGCCGCCCGGAUAAAUUGCUCUGCGGCUUCAAUUUCUUUGGCUACUGAGAAGAGUUCUUCAUCAAGAAGAGACAGAGAGGGAGAUAGGAAGCGCGAAAGGGAGAGGAAGAAUCCAAUAGCGGAAGCAACAGAC